CAAGCCGGAAAGAUCCAGAAGCUCGAGCAGAUCUACCUCCACUCGCUCCCCGUCAAGGAGUACCAGAUCAUCGACCUCCUCGUCGGCCCCACCCUAAAAGACGAGGUGAUGAAGAUUAUGCCGGUUCAGAAGCAGACGAGGGCCGGGCAGAGGACGAGGUUCAAGGCCUUCGUCGUCGUCGGGGACACGAACGGGCACGUUGGUUUGGGUGUGAAGUGCUCCAAGGAGGUGGCUACUGCGAUUAGAGGAGGGAUUAUAUUGGCGAAGCUCUCGGUGAUUCCGGUGAGGAGAGGAUACUGGGGGAAUAAGAUUGGGAAGCCGCAUACGGUUCCUUGUAAGGUUACGGGGA